UAGUCUGUCGCAAUCAAGAAGCAUCUCGCGUCGAUCAACAAUUUACCAUAGCAAAUUAGUCGAGUGCCGUAUCGGACCGAGUGCGAAUCGCUCGUACGGAACAAACGUGUGGUCAAAUGUCCGUCUUAAUUCUACGCAAAUAUAAACAAACGACAGGCGAGAAAGUCACAGUUGCGCGCGUUUCCUCGUAACGUCAAAUAAAACAAAACAGGAAAUAAGACUAGAACGAACGAAUACUUUGCAGAUAAUCGGAAAAUAUGGCUCAUAUUGGAGAAUAUAAGGAAGCUUUGGCACCAAGUGGAGUGGAACACGUAACAACAAAUACAAGAAAGUGUUCGCAAAUGAAAUGUGUGCCGUUUUAAGCUAGAGGUUAAGAACGAAGAAAGAAAACAGCUUUAAAAAACGAAGAUAAUCCCGUGUUCAUUUUGACGAUAAAAAUGUCAUUUCGAGGACAAAUGUCAACUAGAAAAAAGGAUCGUGUUGUGCCAUAAUCAAGUCGAAAGUCACAUUAUCUCUUGAAAUGUCAACGAUCCAAAAAUAUGAAAGUUUAGUUUUAGUAAUUUCUGUUUUAAUAAUUGUUUAUUUAGUUUAUUUAAUAAUUUCUUAGUUUUAGUAAUUACAAAAUUGUACACCCGGAAACUGGAUUAAUUUACACGAAGAAAUAAGUUGAAAAUGCAGAGUAACGUUCUUUUCUUUCAUUUUCGAAUAAAUAGUUCGAGUGAUAAGUAGAUAAUUUUUGUUACGUCUAUAUACACAUAUGUAUAUACAAACAAAUAAUAUACACGUAUGCACAUAUAUAUGCACAAAAUAUCAGAACGUUUUUCUUUGUUAGACUUUCAUUCUCAAUAUGCGGAACAGUUUUGGAAGAACAGAAUCAUUUCAACAAUCGACAAGAAGCUUUCAGAGAAUUGAAAAUAUUAAAUUAGAAGACUGUUACUUGUGUGCAUUGAGCAUAAUGAGUGUUGCAUGCAAUGUAGCAGUACUAUACGUCAUUUAUCAUUUAUAUCGCCAUAUUUAUUAUGAAAUGGAUUUAGAAUUGGAAAUUACAUGUGGAGAACUCUCGGACAUACACUUUUGUUACGGUGCAGCUGGCUGCAAUAGCAUUAAAGCGAAAUGUUUAUACGAAGCAAAAUAUCCCAUUAGGACUAUACCCAGCACAAAGAUAUUUUGCAAAAUAGUACAACGAUCGCAGGAUACAGGUACAUUAAAACCUGCGAAAUCUGGCAGAGGAGUUCAGCACGACGAUCCGGAUCUAGAAGAUAGGAUACUGUAUUCAAGAAAAUUUCAGGUUAACUACGAAGAUUGUUGCUGCUGAAAAAUGUGGCAGUAAUAGCAUAAUAUAUUGAAGGAAAAAGAUCUAAAUACAUAGCUUUCGAAAAGUUCAGUAAUUAAAAAUAGAAAAUUUUCUCAGAAGAAAAAGCUUUUGCAAAUGGAUCUUGUCACUUGUUCCACGUUUCGUUCACAGACACCAGACCCCUUCCUUUUAAAAAUUGAGAAGUACAGUAUCGGAGACGAGACUCGAUGAUAGUGCAACGUUGACCACAAAACGCUUUUAUUCCUAGUGUCCAUUUUUUUGGCAGAAUGUCAUCCAUAAGUUAAUACUUAUGCGAUAUCCCUACUUAUUUCUGUUAGAAACGCUUUGAACUGGUUUAGCCGUGUUGCCAACUGAAGGACUUGGAAAAGUGAAACAGCCGAACAUGGCGGUCGCAACGAAUUCUUUCGAUACUUGGCUCAGCAAAAAGUUACAAGCUCUAAACACUGACGAAGGUGUAUUUGGAUCAUACAUCAAAGGAAUCUUAGAAGGUGAUGAGACGGAGGAUGAGAAGACCGAAGCCCUUGAAGUCAUACUCGCGGGCAUAACGGACGAUAACAUUAGCAAACUUGUGACUGAAAUCUUAAAAGCUUGGGCUGAGUGUCUACCUGUUGAAGAAGUUAGUGCUUCAAAAGUACCAGUAGAAGAUGUGGAUGUUAGAUUAGCAAGAAUGUUGGAAUCUCAGUCUCUUCCAACUACGACACAAAGAAGUUACACAGAAGAGGAGAGGAGAAUAAGAGAAGCUAUUCUUGCGCAGUACAGUCAAAUGUCAGAAGAAGAGAACAGCGAAGGAGAUGGAGAAGAGGAUGGUGCAGGUGGUGGAGACUGUGGAAUCGAAAAGAAUACAAAUACAGCUGCUAUAAUACAACAGGAGAGAGAAAAGAGGGAAAAAGCUAAGUUGGAGAGUCAAAGGAAAAAAGAGAAAGACAAAGAAGAUCGAGAGAAACAGAAACAGUUAAGGGAAGAGAAGAAGGAGAAACGAAAAACACAAAAAGGAGAACGGAGAAGGUAGCAUUGGGACAAGAGAAUAUUAAAUUAUACUUCCGAAUUUGAAAUAAUCAAAUGCAAAUCGACGUACAUAAAUAUCUAUGUUUAUUCUUGUGCAUGCAAUGUUCUUCAGCAGUUACUUAAAUUAUUUAAUAAUUCUUUACUAGAAAUUUGUGUGUGUAGAAUGCAUAUCCUAAAAGACCAUGAUAUGAGACAAGUAUCAAAAUAUACGAGUUUUGCAAAAAAUGUUAAUUCUAUGUAAUAAUGUUAACUAUAUCAUAUGUAUAUGUAUGUAAAACAUUGCAUCCUGUGCCUUCUGUCUGUUGAAAAUUUCUGUAAAAUGAUGUAAUCUUCUUUAAAAUGAUUUUGUACACAUUCUUUUUUAUUUUCUUCUGUGAAAUUCGAACUGAUCGUAUUCUCUAUCAUCUGUAUUUAUACCGCUUUAAGUCAAUUUUCCAACAUCAACGUGGAACUAUAUUAUAAUCAAUGUAAAACAGUGAUAAUCCGAAUACAGAUAAAUGAUUUGUACUUAUGCUUAGUAGUGUAUAUAUAUAUACAUAUAUAUGUUCCUUUUUCUCAUUAUAUAAAUUAUGUAUUUAAGACUAAUGCAUUAAAUAAACCAUUUAAACAUUCAUUCAAACUA